AUGCAACUAAGCCUAACUACAAAGUUUCGCCCCGAUCUUAGGAAAAAGCCACGACGCUCGUCAUUGUCAUCAUCAUCCAGAUCCUUGCAUUCGAUCUCCGCUGAAGAUUCGAAAGAUGUGUAUGAACCAAAGCGCCGCGUCUCAUUCUGUGAAAUUGAUGUCGUUGAACUGCCUAUGAUUCUGGGAGACCAUCCAGCCUGUCGCAAUGGUCUUCCUGUCCAACCAGACUGGGACGCUUCGGAUCGAUAUUCGAUAUCUGUAGAUUCCUUUGAAGAAACAAGAUCUCCACACCGUCGGUCUGGUGGCCCGAUCCGUAUCUCCUCUUUUGAUCGACUUAAUCUUAUCCGAAACGUCCCCCUAAGAGAUGAUGCUAGCCCUCAGAUAAUUGGAAAGGAUGAAGCGAUACCCAACACAGAUAAGAUUAUUACCCCGCCCCCCAUCACAGCCGUAUCGGAAGAGAAUACAAAGAGCAAGGUUGGCAAGCAAAAUGACGAGCUCAGACGGCUGGAGCAUCGUUUGGAUGUAGCGAAUACAAGAUAUGACAUGUUGCUAUCAAGGAUGGACGAUUUGGAACUAAUACGACUAAAGGAGCGAAUCGAACGGCGCCGACGCCAACGCCAACGCCGACGUCUGUCUAUGAUAUGA